AUGUGAGACGAGUUCAGUCAAGUCUACACCUCUUCUGGUAUUGGGACCUUACGCCUGCUUCUGAGCCCAGACGCCUCAGUUUCCCAUCUAUGCAUCACCUCUUCCUGGCCACGGCCUGCCGGGACGCCGACUACGACGCCCUCCUCCAGGAAGUCUGCCUCACCCGGUUCCAGGCGGACAUGGAGGCCAUCGGGAAGACGCUGUGGUGCGACUGGGACAAGACCAUCAAGAGCUACCGCGCGCUCACCGACUGCACCGGGCACCUGGCGGACCAGCUGGACUGCUUCUGGCCGAACGCGGCCGUGGACAAGUUCUUCGUGGCCGUCCACCGGCGCUACUUCAGAAGCUGCCCCGUCUCCGGCAGGGCUGUGCGCGACCCGCCCCGAAGCGUCCUCUGCCCCUUCAUCGUGGCGCCCAUCCUGGUGACCCUGCUGGUGACGGCUCUGGUGGUCUGGAGGAGCAAGCGCCCGGAGGGCAUCGUGUAGACCCGCGGCCCGGCGGGGAGGGGUGGGGGGAGACGCGGGCCCCUGCCUGGCCUGGCGAGAGCUUCGGGGACCCCCAUAGCAGAGUAGGCCCCAGAUCCCUUUCUGUGUCCCCCAGGAAGAGCUAACAGGGUUUUCGGAGCUGUUGUGCUGCUGGCAUUAACCUUAAGCCCCCGGCUGGAGGGCGAAACAGGGGCGGGGGGGGGGGGAGCCCAGGUGCCAGGAGGGAGCAGAGCAUAAUUGUCCUUAUUUCCAGGGAGGGUCCCCAGCUCUGUCUCUUACUGUUCCAACCCCCCCGCCAGACGGUGGACGAGAGCUGGUGAUUAAAAGGAUGCCCUCAAGGGGGCACCUGGGUGGCUCAGUCGGUUAAGUGACUUCCCGGUCGAGC